CCAGGUGAGACGUAAAUGCCGCUAGACCUUUGGAGGCAGCCACAGUCACGUAGAGUGGAACUGCUGGAGUUUGCAGCUGCCGUUCGAAGAGCUUUCUGCUUGAUUCGUCGCCAUAAGCUCAUACAAACAUGCAUAGAUCCUUAGUGAUGUGUUUGGUUAUAAGCAUUGCUGUGGUAAAGACUACUGCCACCGGUUCAUCGUGUUAUGCCUGCCAAACACCAGGAAUCGAUUGUCCCCGCUGCUCCGGCCUCGAGACGCGGUGCGGCGUGUACGGCGAUCGGUGCGGCGCUCACGUUACCGGUCAGCAGUGCUUCUGCCUGCCGCCGAGUGACGGCGGCCUGCUUCCAACGGGGGUCACCUGUCGACCUCAGUGCCGGCCGCUCAGCCUCAACGAGUGUCUGUCGAGCUGCUCUGACUGGUGUGCUCACCACUCCACCGGACUGUGCCAGCCGACUUUCCUCGGCUGGUGCUGCACCAGGCUGUCCUGUUCCGGUGGAGCCGACCGCUGCGUCCGCGCGAGCUACCGACAGUGAUAGCACACUCCGUGCUCUGCUGAUCUGACGGAUACGGACUGAGGUCGAUAUCAACACCGACGGCUGUGUCUGGGGAGGCGCAGAGCUGUCUUCUCGUACCAGUGUAGACGGGAGGGAUCUAACAAGGGAAUUGGGUGCGGCCGGAUUGUGGACGGACUGGUGCUCACUGCAGAGUGUAUGAUGGAAAUGCCGCCGGAGCAGGCCAGCUGGAACUAACACGAGGUGUUUGACAAACUAGGGUUAAAUACAUCCCGUUGUUCGUGUAAUUCUGGUUAAUGA